AUGCUGGCAGUUAUACCCGCUGUGGUAUUAAAAUUCGUGGUAUUUGUACCGAAGAAGCAGAAUAUCACCACGACAACAUCAACAUCACCGACGGUAACAUCAACAUUAUCAACAGCAACGAUAACAUCACCGGCAGUAACAUCAACAUUAUCAACAGCAACGAUAACAUCACCAACGGCAACCACAGCAACAUCACCCACGCCAAUAACAUUAUUUAGAACAGUUACAACCGCAACUCAACAAUCAGGAACUUGGUUAAAUACUGGUAGCAUGAAUACUGAACGGGCUUGGCACACAGCUUCCGUAUUAACAAAUGGAAAAGUGUUAGUUACUGGCGGACACAACGAUGAUAAUAUUCUAAGUAGCAUCGAGUUGUAUAAUCCAUCAUCAGGAACUUGGACAACUACUAAUAGCAUGAAUAGUCGACGAGUGCUGCACGCAGCAUCCGUAUUAUCAAAUGGAAAAGUGUUAGUUACUGGUGGAAGAAAUACUGAUGGUUAUCAACGUAGUGCUGAAUUGUACGAUCCAUCAACAGAAACUUGGUUAAAUGUUGGUAGUAUGAAUAGUAAACGAGCUUGGCACACAGCUUCCGUAUUGGCAAAUGGAAAAGUGUUAGUUUCUUGUGGAUACAGUAAUGACGAUUUUUUCACUAGUACAGAGUUGUAUGAUUCAUCAACCGGAACUUGGACAACUACUGGUAGCAUGAAUAGUAAACGAGUGAUGCACACAGCAUCUGUGCUAACAAAUGGAAAAGUGUUAGUUGCUGGUGGAGAAAAUCUCGGUGGUUUUCUAAGUAGUGUCGAGUUCUAUAAUCCAACAACCGAAACUUGGAUAAGUAUUGACAGCAUGAACAGUCAACGAGUGGAGCACACUGCAUCCGUAUUAACAAAUGGAAAUGCGUUGGUUACGGAUGAAUGA